CCCUCUUCUCCACCACCGGUGCUUCUCUUUGGAAGAUUUUCUUCUCCCAUUCAAAAUUCACAUUUUUAUUUCUUCUCCCAUUCGAAAUCUCUUUGGAAGAUUUUCGUCUAGGCGUCUCAACAACAACUCAUUGACAGAGAUAUUGAAAGGCAAUAGGUCUGGUACUCAUUUCACAAAAGAUGAAUGGUUAAAAAUAAUGACCAACUUUGAGAAAGAAACGGGCAAGGGUUUUUCACAAAGACAACUUAAAAAUAGGUGGGAUGCCCUAAAAAAAGAAUGGAAAGCUUGGAAGAAACUUAAAGGCGAAGAUACUGGUCUAGGGUGGAAUCCUAUCAAAAGAACUGUUGAUACAUCGGAUAAUUGGUGGGAGAGUAGGCUCCAGGUUGUGCCUGAAGCUAAAAAAUUUAGAACAUUGGGCAUUGAUCCUGAAUUCGAAGGGAAGUUGGACCAAAUGUUCAUGGGGAUAGUUGCAACAGGUGAUAAAGCAUGGGCACCUUCUUCUGGUACACUCCGUAGUGAUUUUUUUUAGGAUGGUAAUAA